CCGGAGUGGCAGUAAAGGAGGGAGAUGGCGGGGUGCAGGGGGGCCCUGUGCUGCUGCUGCAGGUGGUGCUGCUGCUGCGGUGAGCGUGAGACCCGCACCCCCGAGGAGCUGACCAUUCUUGGAGAAACCCAGGAGGAGGAGGAUGAGAUCCUUCCACGGAAAGACUAUGAGAGUCUGGAUUACGAUCGCUGUAUCAAUGACCCUUACCUGGAAGUUCUGGAGACCAUGGACAAUAAGAAAGGUCGCAGGUAUGAGGCGGUGAAGUGGAUGAUGGUGUUUGCCAUUGGAGUCUGCACCGGGCUGGUGGGUCUCUUUGUGGACUUCUUCGUGCGCCUCUUCACCCAGCUCAAGUUUGGAGUGGUCCAGACGUCGGUGGAAGAAUGCAGCCAGAAAGGGUGCCUUGCCCUGUCCCUCCUCGAGCUCUUGGGUUUCAAUUUGACCUUUGUCUUCCUGGCGAGCCUUCUCGUUCUGAUCGAGCCAGUGGCAGCAGGUUCUGGAAUCCCCGAAAUCAAAUGCUACCUGAAUGGUGUGAAGGUGCCUGGAAUUGUCCGUCUCCGGACCCUGCUCUGCAAAGUCUUUGGAGUGCUGUUCAGUGUGGCUGGAGGGCUCUUUGUGGGGAAGGAAGGCCCCAUGAUCCACAGCGGAGCAGUGGUGGGAGCUGGCCUCCCGCAGUUUCAGAGCAUCUCCUUACGGAAGAUCCAAUUUAACUUCCCCUAUUUCCGAAGUGACAGGGACAAGCGGGACUUUGUAUCCGCGGGGGCGGCUGCCGGAGUUGCUGCAGCUUUCGGGGCUCCCAUCGGGGGGACUCUGUUCAGUCUGGAGGAGGGCUCAUCCUUCUGGAACCAAGGGCUCACGUGGAAAGUGCUCUUCUGUUCCAUGUCCGCCACCUUCACCCUCAACUUCUUUCGUUCUGGGAUCCAGUUUGGAAGUUGGGGUUCCUUCCAGCUCCCUGGAUUGCUGAACUUUGGCGAGUUUAAGUGCUCUGACUCUGAUAAAAAAUGUCAUCUCUGGACAGCUAUGGAUUUGGGUUUCUUCGUCGUGAUGGGGGUCAUUGGGGGCCUCCUGGGAGCCACAUUCAACUGCCUGAACAAGAGGCUUGCAAAGUACCGUAUGCGAAACGUGCACCCGAAACCUAAGCUCGUCAGAGUCUUGGAGAGCCUCUUGGUGUCUUUGGUAACCACGGUGGUGGUGUUUAUGGCCUCAAUGGUGUUAGGAGAAUGCCGACAGAUAUCUUCGUCGAGUCAAAUCGGUAAUGACUCAUUCCAGCUCCAGGUCACAUCAGAAGAUGUCAAUUCAAGUAUCAAGACCUUUUUCUGUCCGAACGAGACCUACAAUGACAUGGCCACGCUCUUCUUCAAUCCCCAGGAGUCUGCCAUCCUUCAGCUUUUCCACCAGGAUGGUACUUUCAGCCCCGUCACCCUGGCCUUGUUCUUCGCUCUCUAUUUCCUGCUCGCAUGUUGGACCUAUGGCAUUUCUGUUCCAAGCGGCCUGUUUGUGCCUGCCCUGCUGUGUGGAGCUGCUUUCGGGCGUUUAGUUGCCAAUGUCCUCAAAAGCUACAUCGGCUUGGGCCAUGUCUAUUCGGGGACCUUCGCCCUGAUCGGCGCCGCAGCCUUCCUGGGUGGGGUCGUCCGCAUGACCAUCAGUCUCACGGUCAUCCUGAUUGAGUCUACCAACGAGAUCACUUACGGGCUCCCCAUUAUGAUCACUCUGAUGGUGGCCAAAUGGACAGGGGACUUUUUCAAUAAGGGCAUUUAUGACAUCCACGUGGGCCUGCGAGGCGUACCACUUCUGGAGUGGGAGACGGAGGUGGAAAUGGACAAACUGAGAGCCAGUGACAUCAUGGAGCCCAACCUGACCUACGUCUACCCGCACACCCGCAUCCAGUCUCUGGUUAGCAUCCUGCGCACCACAGUCCACCACGCCUUCCCGGUGGUCACGGAGAACCGGGGCAACGAGAAGGAGUUCAUGAAGGGCAACCAGCUCAUCAGUAACAACAUCAAAUUCAAAAAGUCCAGCAUCCUCACCCGGGCGGGCGAACAGCGCCGGCGGAGCCAGUCCAUGAAGUCGUACCCGUCCAGUGAGCUGCGCAACGUGUGUGACGAGCAUGUCCCCGAGGAGCCGGCCGAGAAGGAGGACCUCCUGCAGCAGAUGCUGGAGCGAAGAUACACUCCCUACCCCAACCUAUACCCUGACCAGUCCCCGAGCGAAGACUGGACCAUGGAGGAGCGCUUCCGCCCUCUGACCUUGCACGGCCUGAUCCUGCGCUCCCAGCUUGUCACCCUGCUCGUCCGAGGAGUGUGCUACUCUGAAAGUCAGUCAAGCGCCAGCCAGCCUCGCCUUUCGUAUGCCGAGAUGGCUGAGGAUUACCCGCGCUACCCGGACAUCCACGACCUGGACCUGACGCUGCUCAACCCGCGCAUGAUCGUGGAUGUCACCCCGUACAUGAACCCUUCGCCCUUCACCGUUUCACCUAACACCCACGUCUCCCAAGUUUUCAACCUGUUCAGAACCAUGGGCCUGCGGCACUUGCCUGUUGUGAAUGCCGUGGGGGAGAUCGUUGGGAUCAUCACCCGGCACAACCUGACGUACGAGUUUCUGCAUGCCCGACUGCGGCAGCACUACCAGACCAUCUGACAGGCCAGCGUGGCCAGCCCACCUUCUCCUGGAGCUGCCUGGGGGUGCAGCUCGCUCGUGCUCCGCCGCCGCGGCCAGCUGGGGCCAGUCCAGGGCACGGAAGAUUCCCAUCCACCCACUCACUCGGAAAGCCUCCAGUCAUCGAACGCUUCUCUGGUCAGAUCCUGGGGAUGGCAUCGCACCAGGAGAGCAUGAACUUGUCUGACUUUCUCAGCAAGUAUCUUCCUGUCUCCUGCUCACUGCUUUUUCUGCCGUCUAGCAUCGGCUCAGGCCCCAGGCCCCUCCACCCCACUAGUGCCAGGACCAGAGGGGACGUCAGACCUCCCCACCUCGGAGAGGGACCCCCAGAGCAGUUUUCCUGCCCCUCCUGCUGCUUUCGUAGGGAACCCAGCUGUUGCCUUAAACUGUAACGGGAGGGACUUAGGCCAAGGCAAACUCUGGGGCAAAUGCCAGUCGCCAAAUUAAGUGAAUUACCAAAUUUAGGGAUUGGCCAGUGAGAAAAUUCACCCCACUUUCAGGGCAGUCUUCUUCAUUGGGACCCUUAACUCGAUGUGCUCAGCAGUUUGGAGGAAGCUCCUCCUUCCUGGAGAGGUGUUGCGCCGGGCUCACCCCUGCUGCCCUGGGCUCACCCCUGCAGUCCCGGGCUCACCCCUGCACCCCUGGGCUCACCCCUGCACCACUGGGCUCACCGCUCAGCCCCGGGCUCCCCCUUGCACCCCUGGGCUCACCCCUGCAGCCCCGGUCUCAGCCCUGCUGCCCUGGGCUCACCCCUGCAGCCCCGGGCUCGCCUCUGCUGUCCCGGACUCACCCCUGUGACCACAGUCUCCAUAGGGCCAGCACCUUCCAGAAGCACAAAGCAUUAAGGUCCCACUGAUCGUCCCUAAGAUGUCUGACCAUACGCCCUGAUUUACAGCCCCCCAGCUUCUCUCCUGGUGACUCGUGUUUACCCUGGUCCAUCCCUCGUCCCUUUCAUCUGCACUGACUAACUUUCCUUCAGUUCUUACGUGCGUCUUCCUGGUAAAGCAGCCUCAGCCCAGAGGACCUUGGCGUUCCCCCCACCCCAAGUUAGCUAAAAGCAGGGCACCCCGUGAUGAAACUGCUCGACCUUACUCUGGGGGAUGGUAGUUAUGUCUCAGACGGAAAGAAGUGAGUCCUGAGCCAGUGACCUCGGCAGGAACGCGACGGGGCUGGAGAAGCCAGUGUGAGGAUAAAGCAGAUGGCUUAUUCCUGGAGGAGGGUGUGUGCCCCUCACCAGCCUCUCUCGCCCCCCCCACCCCCCCCAGCCACCCCCAGCCAUCCCCAGCCUGUGGAGGGGCCUGGGGGGGGCAGGACCAGGCCCUGAGGCUGUAGCGUUAACCAGGGGAAGGAGGCCUCUCCUCUUGGCUGUCAGUGACUCGGUCUCCCUCCAGACCGGGCGGUCCUCUGACUGGGCCCCCAAAGUGAACACUUGCCGUGGGGUAUUUGUACUUCUUUCCUCAACCCCUGUGCUCUCCCCUUAUUUGUGCCCCAUCCGAGGCCCACCCUGCAGCCCUGGGGCAGGCACGCUUUGGGCCUCAAGAGGUCAUUCCUGUGCAUUUAAGUUAUUUUUAUAAAUUGCGGAAGUUGCCUAAGGGCGUGGACGCCUGACUUCGGCAACACCUCUUGCCCUCUCCCUGGGGGUGGGCAUCCGUCCAUCCGUCCGGGCCGGCCUAGACCCUGUGCUCGGCACACUCUGCUCACUUAAGUGAGGAGACUGCUUCCAGGAUCUUUUCCACUUGCCUGUGGCCCUCUCCCAUUUUCCUGCCUCUUUGACCAAAAGUACUUUAACUUCUACGUUUUUCAGCUUCCUCAGAUGCACUUGCCUUGUGAGAUGUGGAUGGGACCCCCAGUAGCUAGUUGGGGGAAUCACAAGGACCAAAAAAGGCAAGCCCUUCUGACUGUGAUUGUGUUUAACUAGCUGCCCCUGUGUUUUAAGGCAGCAGUCAGAGCUUGGCCACAUUCAUCCUUCCUUUUAUUAAGAAAGAAAGCAGUUAGUUCCCCGAGUCAGGAGAGUGUCCAGACCACCCAUCACAGAAACUGAAUCCCCUCUUCCCAUCCCUCCCGGCAGAACUAAAGUGCUGCGAGGAGGGGUGGGGGGGACCUCUGGCCUCCGGGGGUCUGGGAAGCCGCCUGCCUCAAGGCCGCCCUGGGUGCAUGUUGUUGGAAUCUACCCCUUAGUGCCCACUGCCUUGCAUUUAAGUCACCAGAUGCUUUGUUCCCACUGAUGUGGCCUGGAGGUAGACAGUACCGCACAAAUGCAUCCCUCUACCACGUGGCCGCCACGGACCCAAACUCACUCUGGAAAGGCACACUGCUUCCUGCCCUCUGCGGGCGUCUUCCCCUCCCUGAUAUGCCCAAAGACAGCGACUGCCCCACUUGUAACAAAGUAACUGGAAGCCUCACCCCUUGAAUAAUGAGAAGCCCACGUUGUCACCACCUCCCCGGUCACCGGCCCCUUCACCUCCACGUGGGAUGGCACGUCCAUAAACAGAACCCACAGGGGGCCCGGCGGUGGCUGGAGACAGUUUUCUGUGUUUCAUCUCGCGCUUGGUGUUUCCGGUUCCCCAGCUGAGGUGAUCGGGAGCUAGGGAGCAAGAGUCCCUCCCGACCGCAGGACCUUUGCACUCUGGGGGAUGAUUUGCUCAUGACCUUGUUUAACUAAUGGUUCCUGGCCGGGAUGGACGCUUGCUUGCUUGACCCAACCAACUCUGACAUUCCCGAUGCAAAAUCGUGUCCUGACGCGGCCCUCGGAGACCAGAAGGCCCCUGGAAAGGCCAGAAGCGCCCUCCCGGGCCCUGCGGUGUGGAUGUACAGUAUUGCCCCACGGCCCCGUGGACCUUGGUCACCUCGGCAGUAGCAGCUUCCUUUUCUCUGUUUGCACUGUUGGUUUGUAUAGUAAUAUUAGCUAAUUCUAUUGUGUACAUAUUGUAUUUUUUUUUAAUUUGUAAAAUUCUAUUUUUAUUUGAACUUUUGAAACUUGGAAGUUCUCAUUGUAACUGUAACAACGUCAGAAUAAAAUGUCUUCAUCUGUCUCCUUUAA